AUGUAAUACUAGUUAAUUAGAUCUAAUGUAGAACCUCAACAAAAGAAGAUAAGUGCUAAGAUGGUGCCAACUCCUGGAGUAGUUUACUAAAAUUAUUAAUCUCUAUUGAGCCAACCUUUUUAAUUCUCGUAAAAUUAGAAUAAGAAUUUCAAUCCAAAAAAAAAUGACAUUCAAAAAGUCAACUCUGUAGCAAUUUAAUAAUCUCCUAGUUUAAUCAAUCUGCCUUAACUUUUGAAAUUGUUUGCCCAUCCUUAUUACUUAUGGACAAAUUAUUCAGUGGAAGCAAUUGCUAAUUUCUAAAAGCUACCUCCACAGCAUUAUAGAUCAGGUUGGGUACUUGAAAAAGUAGCCAGGAGUUUUAUGGAUCAAGUGAAAUAUGCUGAUGCAGAGAAGGUUUGGAAGGAAAUGAGAUAAAUAGAGCCAAAUCGCUUGGAAGGCAUGGAUUAUUAUUCAUCCUGCUUAUGGCAUCUGAAAAAACAAUCAGAAUUGACAUACUUGGCCCAUUAAUGUUUGUAGAUCAGUAUGCAAGCACCUGAAACCUGGAUAGCUAUUGGAAAUUGUUUUAGUUUGAGUAAGGAAAUAGACAACUCAAUUAAAUUCUUCGGAAGAGCAAUUUAAUUGAGUAAGGACUAUUCCUAUGCUUAUACCUUAUCGGGUCAUGAAUUCUCGCAAAAUGAAAAUUUCUAAUAAGCCAAGAAAUCUUAUGACAAAGCAACUUCCUUAGACUCAAGAUAAUACAAUGCUUGGUGGGGACAGGGAAACAUGUACUACAAGACUGAUAAAUAUGAUGACGCCAUCAGAUGUUUCACUUAAGCCUUAAAGAUAAACUCAAACAAUCCAGUUCUACCUACAUUUUUGGCUAUGAGCUAUGCUGCCAAGGGAGAACAUCUUGAGGCUUUGAAAUACUUUGAACAGAGUGAAAAAUUAGAUCCGCAGAAUGGAUUAAAUAAGUAUUAGAAAGCUAAUUCAUUAAUAAAAAUAGAUGAUUAUAAUUCGGCCUUAAUUUGA